UUUGUUCACCUAAUCCAGGCGGCUGUUUAUUGCACCUUCAUUAUUGCACGGACUCUGACAGCACCGGGCUCCAUUAUUUGCCUGCAGGUACCGCGUCUGCCGUAGAAAUAGGAAGAGGAAAAUAGCUUUUGUAGCGAGGGGGAAACACUUCUCAGUCAAUACAGAUACAAGGCAGUGCUCCUCCUAGGCUAUAUAGGCAGGGAAACGCCACAAUAACCAACCAAAGGGUGCCAGAGGGUAGAGAGGAGCGCAGAAGGCAAUCCACAUCCAUCUGCCAGCCAGCCACUUAGUAAGCGCUAACAUUUCCAGUCCUGAUUUCAGCACAGCUGUCCAGCCAAUACUACCAGGAAAAUGUCUGCCCCAGCUGGACCCCCUGCAGCAGAUGGAGGGAAUCAGCCCCCCAACCUCACCAGCAACCGUCGUCUGCAGCAGACGCAGGCGCAGGUGGACGAGGUGGUGGAUAUCAUGCGUGUAAACGUGGAUAAGGUUCUGGAGCGUGAUCAGAAGCUGUCAGAACUGGACGAUAGGGCCGACGCCCUGCAGGCUGGAGCCUCUCAGUUUGAGACAAGCGCUGCAAAACUGAAGAAUAAAUACUGGUGGAAGAAUGCCAAGAUGAUGAUUAUCCUGGGUGUGAUAUGCCUGAUUGUCCUCAUCGUCAUUGUUGUGUACUUCAGCACCUAAGAAGAGUUGCUCCUACCCCAGUCUAAUCCUUCCUUGCUCCAGAAAAGAAACCCUCAAAUUGGUUGACAAAAUUAACCAUAAUUUAUUAUAUAUAUCUCCCGAUUAGCCUCGAUAUAACACCCCUAAACCUUCAGGGCCCCAUGGCUCCCCCACUUCCACCACCUCGCCUCUGGACCCCCGUCAAUAUUUGUCCUGUGAGUGUGUGUGGCCCUGUCUCCUUUCUGGGUCCUCUUGGCUUUUCUAACCUGCCAUACUGAGAACCAAACACUUGACGAUGGAACAACAGAAAAGGAAACCACGAUUGGCGAUAAUUGUUACAUAACUGAUAUAUAUAGUUCUUUGUAGAGUUUUAUUCUGAUAUAUACUGUUUUGUAGGUGUGUGUGCGUGUGUGUGUGUGUGUGUGUGUGUGUGUGCAUUUUGUAUUUUUUAAUUUUUGUAUUAAUUUUACGUAUGCUUCAGCGUUAACUACUGCCUAUUAAUCAAAGUGUGUAUCUUGCAUGUUAUCAUCAUCUGUCUGUCCCCUACUUACUCUCUCUUUUUGGUGUAUUUUUGCACAGUGGAGUCGGUCUCCAUUUCAUUAUGGAAAUAUCCUUUGAUUUUCAAGUUCAUCUGUGUUACUCGUGUCCACUAAAAGAAAGUCCAACAUAAGCCAGAGAACUAAAACUUGUGCUAAGAAAAUAUCAUCAAGUUACACAAAUGUGAGCUAUUACACAGACAAAACUGCCCUUGAGAUUUCCCCAGGUUACUUCUCAGCUCCAGAUUUCUAUAACUUGAUGCCAUCAAACAAUUCCAGUCUUAGCUUCUUUGCUGGCUUUCUGAGAGAGUUGGUGCUCAGUCAUUGAUCAAACAUACAAAUAGUGCAUGAAUUGUUAAACUAAUCCCUAGUAAUCAUCAUAAUUUCCGAGUCCUUUCCAUCUGAUCCUCCCAGUAUCUGUGUAAUUUCUCCAUUUCACUCCUCUAAUAACUUUCAUCUUUCACCCUAUUCUGUCUGUCAGCAUGCUUGAACACCUCAAUUUCUUCUGAUCAUUUCUAAACUGCCAUAGAACAGUUGGACCAAUGUCUGUAGAUGUUUCUUUUUUUAUUUGAAUAUUACGUAGUGUCUUAUUUCGAAAACAUUCCUUCAUUGCAGUCUAGUGCAAAUGGUCUUACCGUAGCACAUGUAAGUGUAAGUAUCUUUAAAAAAAUAAAUAAGAGGCGAGCGUCGAAGCUCGUGUCGAAAACGUCGGUCAUACAAAACAUAGGAGAAAAAAUAGUUAUAGUUAAUAGCCGUAAGGUUAAGUUGUGGAUAGACAGGUUUGUCCAAAUGAUUUUCUUUUGUAAUAUGAGUGAUGUUAUCUUAACAUUACACUUACAGUAUACUGUGGAGAUGUCAUUAAUGUCAAACUGUGGAUAUGGGCUUGAAAAACAAUUCUAAUGCCAGGUGAUAAAAUGGGGCCGUUGCGUAAAUUGAUUAAUUUCCAUAAUGCAAAGGUUCAUUCUUCCUGGCCCGUUACUUACAUGGACACUGAAAAGCCUUCGUCUCCAGUCACUUCUAUUAGUUACUGUAGAAUAUUUCCUGUCAAACACACCCUCACACUUUUAGUGUGUGCAGGGGGAGUGGCUGACUGCAGAGAAAGGAAUCUGUUUUAAAAUGCACAAACAACCUUGUUUUUGAUGGCGCUGUCUGGCUGGUCAAUAGCCUGGCCAAAGGAGAUCCUCGUGCAGCAAAACCUCUCCACUUGAAGAGCACAUAAAAAAGAAAAGAGAGAAUUCCGCCUUAUUUGCAAAUCCAGGAACAGGGGCCGAGGCGAAUGAGGAAAAUGUCCAAGUCACAGUUGAGUUUUUGGUCAGCAACUUUGGGGUAGGCUCAGAAAUUGAACUGUCAAAGGUUUAGCGACAAGAAACGUGAGAAGCAACUAUUCAAAAAGAUAUAACAGUAGCACUCGUAAGAAGAGUGUUUUGCUAGCGCAGUGGUUCUGUCUGAGUGUUUCUCCCUAUAGUUAAGGCCUUUUUUUCUUUUUUAAAUAUAAUAGAUUCUAUUUUUAUUAUAGUAUAUUUUUGUGUGAAACAGACAGGUAAAGAGGAAGUGUGCAAUCAGUGCUAUUUGCUGCCCACAGCAGUGAGCUCCUCUUUACCUCUGUCUGGUGUGUUUUUUGUAAUUCAGCUCUGUGCGUUAUACACUGCCAAGCAACAAGGGAGAGGCUUCUAUUCUUACUGCAGUUAUUUCUUUCAUUGGUGCCCUCGCUGGUUUGGUCUUAAAAACAUUCUUUUACAUGUUUCUGGCAUCUACUCCUGUCCGUACUACCCUUUUGGCUGUUUUAUGAGCAGGAGAGCAGGGCAAUAUGAUGCACUUGUUUUUUAAGGCUCUGUCAAACUAAGGCCUUGUACACAUGAACGUGAGAUGACAAACAAAUCUAAAUCUACGCUAGUUUCAGAUCUAAUCUAAGAUCUUAAAUUGUUCGAAUUCACUAAUUCAACAAAAUCUCUGUUUCAUGAAACAGACGAUUUUUAAGUGUGCAUGCCUGCAUUAAUAAAUGCUAAAAAGGAAGCAACUCAGCUCAUGCUUCACUGCCACUAAUGUCAUUGUAAACGAUCCUAAAAUGUGUACAUUUAGAUUUCAGAUCUUACAGCAAUCGGUGCAAAUAUAUAAAGACUACGAAACCACCAACGAUAUUUCAAAACAUGUGUGAGUAAAGCCUUAGUAGCCUUGCCUCUUUUCAACAUGACUUUUUAUCUUCCCCACCAGCUGAGUAGACCAACCUGCCCCCCUUUGCUCAACUCACUGAUUCAGAAUCCUACAGUGUGCGUGUGUGUUUGUGUGAGCGCAGGUGCAUCAAUGUGUGUGUGUGUGUGUGUGUGUGUGUGUGUGUGUUUAGAAUAGCUCUGUGUGGGGAAUAUCCCCAGUUUAUCCUGACAGAUUAGGCCGCUUAAAUCUCAGAGUGAGGGCACGUUGUUUCCUUGACCACUGAAGUACACAAGCAGACAGGUCGCAGAUCUGCCGGCCAGUUCUAUUAGGAAGGACCCUAACCUUAGCAAACCCCCUCCUCCCCUUCCCAUGUUUUCCUCCAAACAGAGCAAAAGUAAACUGCAGAAGAUUACCAAAGACCAGAUUUCCAUGCUUACGCUGCCAAUUGCCAUCAAAAACAAGCGGAGAGAAACAGGUUAUCCAAACUAUCUAAGUCUGUUUUAACUAGCUAAUACCCUUACCCUAUUUAUCCACAGAUUACAGGACCUUUUAACUAUUACACACUAUUUAUAUGGUGUGUCAGUUUGGCUUGUGAGUGUGCCAUUCUAAUAUGCAAGUUAAACCAAAACACAAGGGCCGCAUGCUCCAAAUCUCAAAUACAGUCUGCCCCAGAAGAGCCUCUCUAAUCUGUGACAAGUUUUUAGACACAUGAUCCUAUAACUAAUAAUAGCACAACUCUUCCUUUUUUGUCUCCAUAGUGCUGCCAAGUUCUAAAACGAAAAGACAUAUAAACUAACUAUAGCUAUUAAAAAAUAAACCUAGAAAAAACGUUAUAAAAAAAUCUGCAUUGUUUGGUGUUGUAAUAUGGGGGUGUUUUGGGGGGUAGGGGGGUCCUAUAUCCUCAGGUUUAAGGUAUUAGCAAUUUACCAAAAUAUAUAUGAGGACAAAACUAUAUAAGCAAAGUGUAUAAUUGGGAUUUUGGCAAUAGAAAAUCAUUAUAGGGUUACAAAUGUGGUCCUUUUAGCCAUCCUGCAGGAGUUAACCACACAGUGGGCUGAAGUGAAAUAACACUACUGAUUGGGGUAGGACUUCUGUGUUAUCCAUAAAUCCAACUGUUGUGAGUGCUCAACCAAUUUGGUCACGAUAGUGAAAAUGAAGUGAGUGCUCUCUUUUUCCCGUUGCUUUACUGUCUGUAUGAAAAGAAGUGUGUAUAUAUUUUAACACCGUGGCACUUUUUCUGUUGUGAUUCAUUCGUUUUUGGUGAGAUGGGAACAUGAUUCUGUGGAGAAUAUUGUCUUAUGUCAACCUCAAGAAUUGUUCAGUGAUUUCAAUUUAAAUGCUGCGUUCAGGUCAUUUGGGGGGCGAUCCGAAAUGCGAGCUGCCAACACGUAAAGAGUGUGCAGACCAUCUCCCAGGUUUGAAUUAUAACUUGUGAACCUGUAAUUCAAAUUUGGAAGGAAACAAGCCGAAAGAAAGAGACCAACAGGAGAUUCAAUCCUUCGACUCAGCGUCAUGUAAUACGUAGAGAGCGGGCGGGGAAAUGUUCCCCAAUGUUUACUGUCACCCCCAAAUGGGAUGAAUGUAGCAAUAGGAGGGAACCUUUUGAGUCUCUGAAUGUUCACUGGAUGGCUAUAAUUGUACAAUAUUCUACUCAAUAUAUGUUUAUUUUGGAACCGAAUAUUGUGUUUUUCUUUUCGCAUCAAUUUAGUAAUAACUCCAGAUGUCACUGAAUUCUUUGUAUGUAAGCGCUGAUGGGUAAAGGUAAAGAAAAUGGGAAGUUAAUGGGGAAAAAAAGUAUUUUUACCUUCAAUUGUCCAGAAUGCUUAGAAUGAUUCUACAGUUUACAUCAGAUUGCCGUUUGUAUCUACAAGAUAUAUUUUUUGUUUAAAUCUGUUUAUUUUUGAGGAAAGAUUUUGAUUUCUCUUUGGGACUGGGGUUUCUGGGAUGAAGGCCCAUAUUGCCCCUGGUCAUCUGGCCUUACAGGAGGGACAGGACUGGAGGAUCAUGGGCAAUGUGCUCAGUUUUAUCUUUUUGUUCUUUUCUUUUACUUUUCUAUUAUUUAUUGAUAGAUUUAUUGUGCUGUCAUUUGGUAUGGGAUUAGAAACUAAACAAGGUUGACUCAACGUAAAGAAGAGGAAACUGAAUGAAAACUAAAGUACAUAAAAUAAUUGUAGUGUAAAUCUAUCAAUGUCUUAUUAUAUUGAUGAACAUCAUGAAAUAUAUGUAUAUUGGAAAAACAGUA